AUGGCUGCAGACACUGAAGAUUUCGAAAUGAUUUCCCUUAUUCCAUUGCUUACUAAAUAUAAGCAUGAUACAACCAAGGAUUGUAUUAUGUUGAAGAUUAUUCGUGUUCUUCCCCCUGCUGUUCCUAGCCGUCAAGUGAAAGCAAACUCCUCAACAUGGGAGGCAUCGGGUGAGACAUUAAACAACAUUGACCAUGAAGCAAUGGCUGUUGACCCUACACUUGUAUUAACCAUCCAGGUUAUGUUGACUGACUUUGGGGUAGCAAAGCAAUUUGAUGAAAGCACAAGGUUAAAUUCCAUGUGUGGGACAUUAGAAUAUAUGACACCUGAAAUUAUACAAGGGAGGGGCCAUGAUAAGGCCGCUGAUUGGUGGAGUGUUGGAAUUUUAAUGUAUGAAAUGCUUUCUGGAAAGCCUUCGUUUAGAGGUGGAAACAGACAGAAGAUCCAGGAGAAAAUAGUGAAGGACAAGAUAAAGCUUCAAGGAUUCUUGUCAAGUGAAGCACAUUCGCUUUUGAAAGGGAGGUUCUGGAUCAGGAUCUGGAAACCUAGAGAGGCCAGGUUUGCUAAUGAUGAUAUUCAUGAGAUGAUCACCACCGGAUUGACCAUGGCUAUUAGGGAGGCAAUCCUGGAGGUAUUUAGGUCUAUUAAGACCGCCAUGAUCGAGAUGUUUGAAAAGCGCUAUGCUACCGUCACAGAGGCUGCUACUGCCACAACCACUCUAGUUGUUGCUGCUAUAGGACUCCAGAGGAGAGGUAUGGUUCAAUAUCAAGACUUCUAG